UGUCACGUGGCAAAUAAAUUAAAGAUGGCGGACCCAAAAUACGCAAAUUUGCCGGGAAUCGAUACCCAACCGGACCUGUACGAGACGACUGAUCUACCAGAGGAUGACCAGCAGCAUGGCGGGGAAGAGUUGAUGAGUGAGAGUGUUGAACAACUCAAUGUGGACCCAAAUGUUGCCUUUGGCAAGUUCAAAGACAAGAAGUUAUUGAGCGGUAAAAUAGAUUUCUCUGAUCGUGUCAGCCACUCAAGGAGGACAGGAUACUAUGUGCCAAGAACAGAGUAUGAAAUUCUUGAGGAUGGCACAGAGGUUAAAGAGACACCUGUGCAGAAAUUCCAGAGAUUACAGCAUGAGAUUCGAGAGCUGUCUGAUGAGGUUGAACAACUCAAGCAAACGGCAGAUGAUUCCAAGUCUUCCAGUGUGACUCCAUCAGUAAUGGUGGAGCAGGUUGGAUCUCUACAGGAGCAGCUGUACGGCCUUCACUUAGAGAAGAUCCUUGGAUCCGAUGCUAUGGUGGAAGCUGCCGACCCGCAAGGAACUCUACCAAAGAAGCUCAUCAACCAGCUUGAGGCCUAUAAGAAUCUCAGUGUGCAAUCAUCAGGAGCAACUCCAUCCAAGUCCGGCCAGGCAACCAAGGAUGGCUGUAUCACAUAUGAGCUUCACUACACUCCAGAACAAGCCAAGUUUUCCCAGCUCUCCAAGGUAGCGGAGCUGGAACAGAGGCUAGCUGGCUUAGAGGCAGUUAUUGGAGAAGAUCCCAAGAAACUGUCUUUUAUAACUGCUGACACAACCUCCAAGACUCUUAUGGGAGCAGUGAGUCAGCUUCAGACACAGAUGAAUCUUCUGGACCCCGUCCAGGUGGACCACGUUGACGCUCGCAUCCAGAGUCUCCUUCAACAUCUCAAUCAGGUCAAAGAGAAGAAGAAGACUGCUGAGGAAGCUGGCAAGGAAAGCAAGGAGCUUUCUGAUAGUAUGGAAAUAAAGAUUUCUGAGCUGUAUGACGUGGUGGAGAAAUGGGAUGGUAUUGCAGAUACUGUACCUUCCGUUGUAGAACGUCUUCAUGCACUUAAAGAUCUCCAUGAACAAGCUUUGCAGUUCAGUCAGGCUCUUAGUCAUCUAGAUACAUCGCAGCAGCAGUUGACAUCAAACCUCAACAAUCAGGACACACUACUCAAAGAGCUGAGGGAUUCGUUCGGCGCAAACAUGGCUGCUAUCCAAGCUAACUGCCAAUCAUUGGAGGAACGGAUGAGCAAAUUCCAGAAGUAACUCCAGACGGAGAGACUAUUUGAAUAUUUAUUUCCUUGUAAUGAAUAUGCGCAUAUUCAUGAACCAGGAGUGAGCGAGAUGAAGAUUUGCAAAAUGAGAAACAAGGGUUCAUUCUAGGGCUGCUGUUAUUGAACCACUUUGUAACCAUCGAGUGUUUGUUCCUGUUGCGUACUUCCCAUUUUACCAAUUUUGCUGAAAUUUAUUUGGUUUGUGAAGCGUGUUUGUUAAAGCCAUCAAGUAAUGACCACAAUUAUAAUGAACGCCCUCCCUCCCCCCCCCCUCCCCAUCAUUCCGGCAUUCCAGCUUUCACAUGAUUUGCUUUCAGAUUUCCUCUGAAUUUUAAUCAAACCAAAUUUAACUAAAAUUGACACUUUCAUCUAUUUUAUUUGUUGAACACGCGCCACAUGUUUGCCAUUUUAUAGCUAGCUAUUAUAUUCUUUUGGAAUGCAAUCAGUUUUUUUCAGUCAAUUUUUAUCAAAUGAUAGAUAACUCGACAACAAAUUUGCGGAAAGGUGAAGGGUCAUGAAGACAUAUUUACCAUUUGGAAGCGAUUGCAAUAAUUAAUAUUUUGCAUUUUGGUCAGUUAAUUUCAUUUAUUUAUUCAAGUAACUUUGUGUUACUUUUUCGUUUCAAUCAUUCUAUGAUUUUUUUUGACAAUCAUGUCAAAGUUGGUUUGAAUUUUGAAUUUUUAUUUAUAAUUCCCCGCAACAAAGGGAAUAAAUUAUUAUAAUUAAGGCUAUCCGUGGAUUUCACAAAGAGUUAAUACCAGUCUAAUUUUGAGUUAACUCAGGACUACAACAGAGUUUUAAGAAUAGCCCUAAGUGUGGACCAUCUUUGUGAAAUCGACCCCUGGAAUUUCAUUUUGGUUAAGACAAGAUAAAAUCUUAAUUUCUGAGAAAGUUUUUUCAGGACUAAAACAUGGACAAAGUGAAAUUCAAGGCACAACCUUUAGUUGAAAAAUUGUAAGAAAUUAUGUGCAUAAAAAUCUAAGAUAUAUUAAGAAAAAAAUACUGCAAAGGCGAUUUGUAAAUAAUGUAUUAUCCACUGUUAGUACUAGUAGUGUCUUAAAUGUGGUGGUUAGUGUAGUUAAGAAUUUGUCAGUGUGAUCUCAAGAAAAGCUGUCAACUACCCUGUGUUCAUAAACACAGAUGCUCAUUAUACAAAUCAGGCACCAGACUUAUUAUGCUAACCUGCCUCAGUCUGGACGCACGGAUCUGAUUGGCUUAAAAUUCAAGAUGGCUCAUUCACCGACUAUUCCCAUACUUUAGUCAAUUAAUUACCAUGGUGUACAUUAUAAUGUGUCUGUUAUAAAAUGAUAUGCUUAGCCCUUCCUUGUACAUUCUGUUUGGUUCCCUGUGUAUACAUAACAUAAUGCAAGUUCUAAUUUCAUUUUCUUAUGACAAGGAUCAGACCAAGGAUCAGACUAGUUUGUCCUCUCAGCCUCGAUUCCAAUUUACAGAAUCAUAUUGCUAGAAAAGCAACACAAACAUACCAUGAAUGUCUGAAUUCCUUAUUGAUUUCUUCGGUUCAGUCCAGACUUGAAAUCACCCUCUUGAAUGUUCCCCGAGCAAACUAACUUCUAGGUCAAAAUCUUUCAGUGUAGCUGGGCCAAUGAUUUGGAACAAUCUUUCAUUAGGGAAUAAUUGUACUCAAUCUGCAUUUUGUUAAAGCCUAAAGACUAACCUUUUUCCAGUUUAAUUUCUUUCUAGUGCGCUAUGAUGUUGAUGGAAUAGUGCCUUUUAAAUUUUAAUUAUUUUACGUUGUCCCAAAACCAGGGGCGAUAAUCAUUGCUGGCAAGGUCUGAAACUAAGACGAGAAGUUUAGGAGGGAAGUUAGAGUGAUGGAACUUCCACCUUUUGGCGGCUUCUGGGUUGGUCUUUUUCCAGGACAUUUUGGUUAGUCUGAAUUCUGAGAUUUGUCAUCCCUUCAAAACUACACAUCAUGUCCCCUGCAAAUCCAUCCCAACAUUUUUGCUGAUUGAUGGCUUGAAAUAUUGUAAAAAUUUGCCUUUGUCGCGUUGUUAACAUGAAUAAAGGGGUUGGUAUGUUUAAAAUGCUCUAAAAAGUUAAA